AUGGAAGACAAUUCAAAGCGUCCAAUAUCGGACACUGUUUUGGGAGAGUCGCGCAAAAAAGGAAAAGCUGACAUGCCUAACGAAGGAAAGCAAUCCUGCUUGAGCGAUUUGUCCUCGACUGCAGGCGUUCGAACUGCUAGCAGGACACAAGACGCGCCCGAUCCUCUUGCAAACGUUACGGAACGAUUCGAAUGCCUAAGCCUUCGAGAGACUUGUGACUCUAAAGGAGACAGCGAGCUGGAAGCGGAGCUGGCAACAGGCCUGUUGAGAAUCGUCACUGAAACGCCUCAUAGCAACCCGUUGGCAUCAAGCUUGCCACAAGGACUAUCCAAUCGAGUAUGCAUGAUCGGCCUGGAUCCUCGACCAUGGGCUGUAGAGUCAGUAAGGAUUCAGCCCAGUAUCCACGUGGAGUACAUACGAUUCCAUCGCCGAGCCGAAUGCGAUAUUAUAUGGGGCAGGCUGCCGACAUACGAUCUGAUCAUACUGUUCGAUGCUGAGCUGUGGCAGGGCCAACCCUCUGAGUUCAUCACAAGAGCCUGUCGACAACUAAAUCCAGGUGGCGUUAUUGAGAUAUACGGAUUAGGAACAGCUUGCUUCAAGAUCAGCUCACGGAUGGAGGUGAAGGUAAAAGCAACGGCGGAUUCCGGGUCAAAUGGCCAUCUGCCCGGGAAGCCACGUACUUGGGAGAAAGCCCUCAACGCCACUGGUAGCGAAAAUACUGUCACUCAAGUCGAAUUCACGUUGAAACACGGCAAUGUUUUUCCGGGAGCAGAGAGCUGGCAGGAUAAGGAGAACCUGCAAUGGUUUUUGGGCUAUGUGAAGGCUUCAAAAGUGCCAUUAUCCGAGCAAGAAAUGCGGAUGCUACAGGACGACACUGUCACUGGCGCCAUCAAGCACUUUGUCAUCAGGGGGAAGACCAGGCUCCCCGAGGCUGAGAAUACCGCGACGGCUUCGACUUUGUCUCUGGUCGGCACCUGGAGUUUACUGUCGUAUGCAGCAUAUCACACGGCCAAUUCGACGGAUGUGGUGUAUCCGAUGGGUAAAGAUUGCACCGGUCGACUCAUCUAUACUCAGGACAGCUUCAUGAGCGUGAUGAUACAAUCCGAAAACGUGCCGUCAUAUCAACAAUCGUGGCUCGCUGGGACUACCACAGAAUAUGCCACCGCGGCAGCGAGUACCCUCUCUUAUUCCGGUACUUACGAACUUGGUUCUCAACAAGGCGACGAUGGAAAAGUGCUUCACCGUAUCCGAGAAAGCAUUCCGCCCAAUUGGAGAAAUUCGACUCAGGAGAGGUUGAGAGAGUUUUCGCUGGAAGACGGACGUGUAAUAUUGACUCUAGGCCCGGAAGAGGUCGUCGAGAUGGACGGAGAACCACGGAUUUUGCGCUUAAGGUGGGAGAGAAUGGAGCAGAGGAAAGGGAGCGAGGCCGCUUUAAUCUGGCACGUGACGGAGCAUCGGAGGCACCCGGCCGAGCACGGAAGAGCAUCGAGGGAGCUACGGCAGAGUACGGGGAACGCCGGGGGAGUACUGAGGGAGCACGCCCGAGCACUGCGCGAGCCACAGGGAGCGCUUGCCCUGAUGCAGAUCUAUAGAAGCCAGUUCGGGCUUAGGUGCCCUUUUGGGUCCUCGGCUACAAUUGCUUAG